AAAUUACCUAACGUGAUUGAGUCGAACGCACCAUGGACCACUACAAGGAGGGGAGACCAAUGAAUGCUGUCGUCUGAACACAAGAGACAGUCUAAAAAGACAAGCGAGUCUAAUCUUGAUUAAAACACACACAUCACUGUCUGGGGGGACCGGGAGAGAUUGUCACAUUGAUCCCAGUAAACAGAGUCAACGUUAGUCGCGGUGCCGUUUUGGGACAGUCCGCCUUGUUGAUAUCCAGAGGAGCUGAAGGCCCGGGCUGUGGACAGCCUGCUCUUAGCCCCACGGUCUUUAGGAGCCCAUAAAAUAUGAUUCAUAGGCAACAACAAUGACGUCCAGAUUUGGUAAAACCUACAGUCGGAAGGGAGGGGAGGGCACGUCCAAGUUUGAUGAGGUACUGUCCAACAAGAGAGCCACCCUCAGCACCAAAUGGGGCGAGACCACCUACAAAGCCAAAGUGAGCUCCAAGCGCGUCGCCCCUGCCAGCAGUGCUGCAAAAAUUGACGCUCUGCGGGAAGGCCACAAGCGCCCCCGCAUGACAGAUGACAAAUCAGAGGAUCCAUAUGGCUUUGACAGCGACGACGAGUCCAAACCGGUGUCAUCCCGGUCAGGGAGCAAGCCGUCCCCGGCCAAGCCCGCCUCCGCUGAGCCUCCCCAGGCCGAGAGGCCCGGCUUCUCGCUGGAUACCUCCAGCAGGUCCUCCACCGCCCUCCAGGGCUGGUCCAUGUCCUCUACGCUCAGUAGGGGGACCUCAGCUGCAUUGAGCAGUGACCGGAGCCAGCCCAGGGUCUUGGAGAACACUGCAGUCUUCUUCAAUACCACCACCACUGCCUCCAAUACAGGUAAAAUGAUGGACACAGGGAGAGCAUAGUGGCUAAGGGGUUUAUCUCUAAGGUACUGGGUUUAAUCCAAGUGUUUCCCCUUGGAUGGAGCAACAGGCCCAUUGUUGUCGUUCACAUUUGGUAAAUCUCUCUCUCUGACGUCACUCAGGUAGAAAUCUUGUUCUGGGACGAGGCUUUUAUCAAGUUAUGUUUAGUCGAGUUAUGUCAUAACAUUGUAAUCAACUUCCAGGGUAGGGAUAUGAUUGGUAUUGGGAGUGUUUUGAGGCCAAUCUAAUCCCAAUUGUCAAAACCAGCUACCUUUUACAACAUAUUCACACCACAUAUUGCAAUUUAGCUCAAAAUAAGGUGAUGAAAUAAGCGGAUUGUGAAAAUAGGGUUGGGUUUGUAUUGAUUAUUUAAUUGUUUUGAGGCAAAUCCAUAACACGCAAUAGCUGCUUUCACACUAGGGUGUAAUUUCUGCCAUUCUCCCGCUAUUCUCCUGAUAGGCCGUAUGCCUGAACAUCAUAUCCUGACAUUGGUAUCCUGAAAUUCUCAUGAGAAAAAGACUACCCCUGAGGUAGUUUUCUCUCUGUAGGAAAUGUAAAAUAUCUUAUAAAGUAGAAAGUUGGUAUUUCUCACACCCCUAGUGUGCAUGUUGGCGACUGUUCUGCAUGCCAUUGAGUGGCCUCCUAAAUGACAACAGCCUUUUGCUCGCUGAAUGGUUAAAAAAUAUUCAGCAUCGGUGCAGAUUUACAGCCACUACUAGCCAGUCGCACAUUGAGCUUUCUCCAAAUGCGCCGUUUCAGUGUCUGUUGCUUUAAUGCAAAUGAGGAGGAGAGAGGCGGGUCAAGGAGGAAGAUGGGGGAGUGGUCCUGAGCAGCUUUCAGCCAUGGUACCAAGCGCUCUGUUUACAGUGGUUUAUGGCGACGGCGAGGCGCACACAGCCUUUAGGCGUGUUCUGUUAAUAUUCUAGAACACACUAGAGUCCUGGAGCUCUAUAUCUAAAUAAUAGUAUAUUAUACAUGGAUAUCUAUAUCAUAUAAUAUAUAUUAUCACGGCCAAAAGCUGUGUGAGCCUCCAGACGAUAUUAUGAAUCGAAAACGACCGCGUAGGGUUCUCCGACGUCUCUGGUUCUUCCACGUCCACAUCAAUCUGAAGUAGACUGAACCACAAACAUGGAGGAGAAAGGGAUUGUUGACCGAGGUUGUCUCCCGCCAGAGCUUCGCUGCCGAGGGAGCGGUAAGUGCUUAGGCACCGACGCCUCCUGCAGCGCCGAGGCGGUGGUCCCUCGGCAGCGGGAAGCGGGGCUCAAGCGGGAGACAUUUGAGGCCAACAAUCCCUUUCUCCUCCAUGUCGUGGUUCAUGUACUUCAGAGAGUCAAGGCCAAGGUUCCUUUAGUUUCCCCCAAUUCAUUCUCAACCAUGGCUUAGAUAACCCCCACUACGAGUCUCGUUGUGGAAACACCAGAGACCAGAGUCCGACGUGUUAUGCACCAUAAUACCAACGCCGUGUACAACACUUGCGUUACAGUCCUGGAGCUCUGUAUCUAAAUAAUAUCAUAUAAUACAUAGAUAUCUAUCAUAUGAUACAUAUUAGCACGGCCAAUAGGGCUGUAACGAUACGCGUAUCGAAACUGAAAUCGCGACACUCAAAGCCACAAACCUGUCUCGCGGUGUGAGAAGGCAGAAGCGCGAUACGCCCUUUCUAACUCUCCGGUCAAAUUGUCCGAUUGAAAUUUGCUAAUAUUUUGUCCAAAUAAUAGUCUGCUGACACCACCCCCUCUAUCGAUGCCGUAAGUAUGCGAAGAGAUGCCCUCUCUGUGAUGACAGCUCUCGUGGCUACGGAGGAUUGCAUUUCUCCACAGCCGUCGAAGUCCUUAUAUGCGAUCUGAACGACAUUUAUCCAGAGUGGGCCAAGCGCGAAAAAAAUUGCCUGUGUGAUCCCUGUCUGUAUUUUUUUUGUGUGAUUUGACCGGCAGUGUGUCUGCUUAUAGGUCG